CUCCCUACAUCUGCCUUUUGGCUCAGGCACCGGCCUGAGCCGGAGUUGCUGGCCCGGGCCGGCGCUGUGCGCGGCGGCCGCCGAGCGAUGAGCAGCAAGGCGGCCGCCAGCAACACCACAGGCCACGAGGCGAGCGUGAGCGUCCGCAGCAGCAGGAGGCUGGCGGUGGACGCCUCGAGCUCGCUGGCGUCGCCCAGCGACGAGGCGGCGACAGGUGUUCGCGGUAGCAGGAGCGGCAGCAGGAGGUUGGCCGUCGACGCCUCCAAGAUGCCCCAGGACGACGGGCAGGGGGACGACGAGGCGACGGUAGGCAUCCGCGGCAGCAAGAGGCUGGCUGUGGACGCCUCCAAGAGUCUUCAGGGCGAUGAUGCCGAGCUGAUCGAGAUGGCGCAGCGCUACCAAGGGAUGCUGCGCGACCACACGAGGCAGAGUGCAGGACGGGCGCAGGACAGCGUGCAGAAGUCCCCGUCGUUGAAUAGCAGGGACAGGGUGCAGGACCUUUUCGACGAGGAUCUACCGGAGGACCUCGCGGAGCUGGUUGCCACGAUGAGGUCGAUGAAGUCUCUGAAGCCGGCGCACCCGUCAGGAAGCGCGUCGGGCAGCGGGCCGGUUGGCGGCGGCGCCGAUGACGAGACCGACCUGGAAGAGAUCCUGGCCGCCAUCAAAUCGACCAAGACGCUUCACCAGGAUUUGGGCUCGAGCUCAGGCGGAGGCACCAGCGUGGCCGGCAGGCUCAAGAUCCCCACGAGGGCGACCAUGGGGCCCUCCGCCUCCAGCGUGAACACGGUGAAGGAGACCGAGGCCGCGCUGGCGUUCCUGGAGGCGAAGGCCGGGCCGGAGGAGAUGGCCAAGGUGAUGUCUGGCGCGGCCGGGGCGCACAAGUCCACGAGCGGCUCCUUGACCGACACGGAUGCCGCGCUGGCUUUCUUGGAGCAGGCUGGCUUUGGCGACGCCUUCGCCUCCCAGCCGCCGCCCCCGUCGCAGCCGAACACCGCAGUGCCCCGCGGGGCCUUCCCCGCCUUCGAUCGAAGCACGACGAAGCUCCUGGACCCUGUCGCCGAGGGUGCUCCGCUCGAGGUGAUGCCCCAGGCUCGAAAGAGCCAGCAACAGAGCCUUACGACUCCAGAGACCAUAGACAAGCUCCAAGCAAGGCAAGAUGCCGAGAAGGCCCGUCAAGGACUCGAGAGCCUUUGGACUGGCAAGGCUGGUCAUGAGCAGCGUGGUGCAAUCGAGGCCGGGGCGGCGGCGCUCAAGGCUGGCCAGGCGAAUCGGAUGGCGCACUUUGGCGAAGACGAAGUGGACGAGUCUGGCGGCGGCGAGAGCGCGAUGAACAGGGCGAGGUCCGAGCUAACUCAGGCGCUCGACUUCGUGGAGAGUGUUGGGGAGGAUUAUUCCCCUGAGCGCUCCAAGGGCUUACAGAUGGGCAAGACCAACACCUUGAAAUUCGAGUCUGCCCUGAGAUCCUUGGAGUCCGAGGUGGCCGAUGACGCGGAGGUGCCAAGUACGCCUGACGUGCCCCCUGCUCCGCGCCGUGACACGUGGGCGACGCCUCCGAAUGUGGCAGUCUCGGCUGCCGCGCCCACUUCGCCGCGACGCGACACGUGGGCUUCGCCGCCAGAGUUCAAGCCACCGUCGCCGCCGCCUCUGCAGUCCGUGCAUCAGGGUGCCGAUCAGUCUGCCACGGUGUCUCCGGCACUGAGUCCGAAGGGACACCGGCGGUCGACCAUAAACCCCAAGACCGGAACCAAGAUGCUGCUGCAGAAUGCGCCCGCGAGGCCUGGGACGCAGUCAAGCCCUCGCGAGUCUCUGCAUCAGACUUCCCCUCGCCCGUCCGCCGGCGGCAUGGUGGACCCCCUCGACAUGUCUUCGGGGCGAAGCAAGCAGCCGCUGCAGCCAUGGACCGAGGCGGAUGCGGACAUGUCUCGGUCGCGGCAGCCGAGCCGGCUGAGCAGCAACGGCAGUGCCGCCUCGCUGCGCAGGAGCUCGUUCGAGGCGCAGCGAGGCCCCAACGCCAGGGGCAGCGCAGCUCAUUCGAACAGCCCCACGCGGCAGCGCCGCAACUCGGCGGCGGAGCCGCUGCGACGCAGCGACACCUCGUCGGCUCCUGUGCCGCAGGCGCGCGAGGGCCGCCGCCUGAGCUUGGCCGGCGCCUCGACGGCACUCGGCGUCGGCCCGGGGGAGGCGGCGGCCGCCGCUGCCGCCGCCCACGCAGCGACUGGGGGGCAGGUAUCGCAGAGCAGCACGAGCAGUCCGCCAGCCCGCCGCACGAGCAUCACCUCAGGGCGGCCGUGGUCGGCGGCGGAGAACCAGGCGACGAGGCAGGCCAGCGACACGGGGAAGGCGACCCAGCCCGUCCGCAGUACCCAGCGGUCGUCGACACACGGUGCGAGCAGUGUGACCGUCCAGUCACCGCCAACGCGCAGCCGCGACGCUACAUCGCUGGGUGCCGCUGGGGACCAGGCGG